UCCCCCAUCUCUCCUACCGAACCUCGUUGAGCUGCGCCGUCCGGCUCAUCUCAAUCUGUGUGCCGCUUUGAUCACGGAUGCAGACACGGGUCUCGCCAGGUGAGUUACUGCCUACUUCAAGGGCUAGAUUUGGUGCUGGUUCGGUCCGCUCCGGGGAUGUAGAUGUGGUUUACUGGGUUGUCGAUUAUGGGCAAGCGUUUUCCACAUGAAUUUUGCUGCAGCUAGCGUGCUAGUAUAUUGGUGCAACCUGUGUCCAGGUAUCAAUGUGCGGGCUGGGAUCUGCAGUAAAAUUCACCAAAAGGCGACCCGUUGUUGGUGUUGAUGAUUAAGUAACUUAGAGCUUUCCUUAAAUUAGGGUUUUGGAUUUCUCGUGUUUCACUGGCAAACAGUAGAAUAUGCCCUUCACAAAUUAGUUUACUUGGCGUGGGAUUGAAUGAGUCAAUUUCAUUUUUGCCCCUUUGUUCAGUUUACUAGGGUUUUGGAUUAUGUUUCUCUUGAAAGGAGUUGAUUAUAUAUUCCAUGGUGUACUUUUGCUGAGUGGGAUUGCGAAAAUCAGAUGUACCCAAGUUUCGAAAGAUUUGGAGGAGUUUUAUACGGAGUUGUAUUUUGAAAUAUAGGACUAACGCCAAAAAACUGCUCCAACAGGGGUUCUAUUUCACAAAAAAACAUCAAAUAAUUAUUGGACUCGGCCUCUCAGGUCCUAAAUAUAGGACACCAUAUGCUGGAGCCUUAUCCUCGUUUUUGUAUGUUAUUACUAGCCUUUUAUUUCCUAAAUAACAUGAUCUAUUUCCUAACAACAUUGGCAUAUGACUCAACUGUUGGAGCUGUAAAUGUUUUUGUGGCCCUAAACACUUCAAAUCGAUCCUAUUUUAAUUUUUAGGUGUCAAAUAUAGGACUUCUGGUUGGAGAUGCUCCUAGUCAGUAGCUGUCUUCUCUUCUGUGGAGUCUUGAGUGUAACUUUGCUUACCUGGAAUAUAGCUGGCAAGUUGUAAUUCAUCUGGCUGAUUGAUUGAUCCUUUCCAUGUUAUCAUUUAAAUUUCUUCCUAUGUUGUUCCAAUGAUCACUACUGGCUGAAAUAAUUAUGCAUGCUUGAUGGACAAAAUUUGCUAACGCCAUGCAUAUGUGGCAGAAUUUCCAUGAAAAGCUGUCCAUGCUCUAGCAGGUUUCCAUUAGUUAAGAAACAUUCUAUCUACUCACUAUAUUAUUUGUUUCAACACACCUCUGAAACUAUCUUUUGGUCAACGCAUCUCAUGGGCUCAUUGCCUAUUGACUGCAUACAGGAGGGAAGGAACACCAUAUGGCCACAUAAUCCUCAAACAGGUUGGAGUUACUGUGUGAUGAUACCUUCUUGGAUCACUCAAACACCUGAAACUGGUGUGACCGCUGAUAGCUUUUUGAAAUCUGUCGUUUUUUACAGGAUACAUGUCGGUAUACAAUCUCCAGAAGGCUUUAGCUCUAGCCAUGGAAUUCUCAGAAGGUUUAGUGACUUUCUGAAUCUAUCUUCUGAUCUUAAGAGCGCAUUUCCCAGAAAAGAUGCCCCGUCGGCUCCUCCGAAGCAUGCUUUCUUAAGAAUAAAUUCAAGCAGGUUGCUUCUAGAAGAGAGAAGGCAUGCAUUGGAGGAGUGGAUGCAAAAGUUACUUUCUGACAUUGACUUGUCAAGAAGUGCUCCUGUUGCUGCUUUUUUUGAGCUUGAAGCUGCUGCACGUUCAUAUUUCCAAGAACGGAAUGGGCGUCCUUCUGAAGUAGGUUCUUCUACAAAAAGCAGUACUGCCUCUUCUCCACAUCCUGAUGGACCUGCUUCUGGUUCUCUUGCUGAGUCCAAUCAAAUAAAUCAAACUCUUACUCGUGGCAGCAGUCUGACAGGAGCAACUGGUAAUGGUGUGCUUGGAGAAGCUAUCUUAGAUCAGUCCGAUGAGCUUGUUAGUAAUGCCUUGAAUCACAGGAAAGGGAACCUUGUAUUGGAACAUGAUGGUAGGAAUGGUUCAGCAGCGUCUUAUAGGGGAGUUGUUUCAGAUGAGGACCGUGUAUCUAAUCCCGGCCAUGCUAGGAAGGACUCUGCUGAAAGUAUUGGGAGUGAUUUGAGUUCUUUAAGAGGAAUUGAAUUAUCUAUUCCAGGGGUUAGUAGUUCCCUUUGGGAUGGUGCUGUGGUGGAUGGACAUAUUAGUCAAACAGAACAUCUUACUGGUUUAGAUAUGCAUCUUUUGUAUGAUAUGGAUGCACAAGUCAUCCUUCCAAAUGAUCAAAAACAGAAGUUGACUAGACUUUUGAUCACAAUGCAACAAAGAAUAGGGGCAGCAAAAACUGAUAUGGAGGAUCUCAUAGCACGACUAAAUCAGGAAGCAGCUGUUAAAGAAUAUCUUACUACAAAGGUUAAGGAUUUGGAGGUUGAAUUGGAAGCCGCAAAGCAAAAGGGUAGAGAGACACUGCAACAAGCUAUCCUGACUGAAAGAGAGAGGAUUACCCAGAUGCAGUGGGAUAUGGAUGAGCUCCGUAGGAAGUAUUCUGAGAUGGAGUCAAACCUGAAGGCUGAACAAAAUGAGAAAACUCGUGCAGAGUCAGAGAAAACAACCGCUAGUGAUAAAAAUGAAACAUUACUUGAAGAAUUAGAAAUCAAACGAAAAGAAGUCGAGACUUUGAAACAUCAUCUUGUAGAAGCUGAGGCAAAGUCUAAAGCAGAUAAGAAAGUUCUUGUAAAAGAGGUCAAGUCUCUUAGAAACUCCCAAACAGAGAUGAAGAAAGUGUUGAAUCAGUAUCUUGAACAGAAGACUGGUUUAGAGAGAGUUAUUAUUAGAGAUAAACAGAGGUCAGCACGUGCAAAGUUAUGCCGAGUGAAAUUUCUUCAUGAGUGUCGACUGCUGCAUGAGCGUCUACUGGAAUGUAGUGCUAAAUUUCUAGCAGAAGAACAAGGCAAUUUUACUAUUGAUCCUUCGUCCUUGCCUGAUGCAUUAGAUCUUCUAGCAACAUCAGACAAUAGAGUACGCUUACUCAUUGCUGAGGCUCAACUUUUAGCACGAGAUGAUGAACAAGGCUCUUCUGAUGAUGGCGACAAUUCUGAUAGCAUAUCGUCAUUAACUAUGAGCUGGGAAGAUGCAAAAGUUACAGAUGAAGAUGCAACGAAAAUACUUUCUGAUCUACUUAUUGACAACGCGCAGCUGAGGCUGCGUCUUAAUGCUGUCAUCCGCAACGCUGUAAAUACUGCCGUGAAGCCAGAGAAAGAAGGUAGUGGCGAGGUUCUUCCCAAAAAGACAGUCCUUAACUGGUUGUUAGACAGAUGAGAACACCUAUGUAUAUUCCUGUGAUUUAGGUUUCAAACUUACGCGGCUUGACCAAAAUUAUAUGAUGAGCAUACCUAUAUAGUGCCAGGGCAGCAUCAGGAUAAAAGUUUCCGGCCAUGAGGGAAGAAGAUCCUGGAGAAGCGUGCGUUGCUGCUGUACGGUUGUUUAUUUACACAUGGAAAUAUCGGAGGAUAGUAUAUUUAGGCCCGUUUGGUUCAGGGCAACUAAACUUUAGUUAUUUUUAGUCUCUAAAGAAGCAAACAGGGUGACUGAAAGUAGGUGACUAAAGUUUAGUCAUCUAGUCACCAAAUAAGUGACUAAAAGUGACUAAAGUAGGAUUUUUACCUUUUACCCUCUCUCUUUAUUGUC